UUGUGAUGAUAUUCUUAGUUGUCUGUUGAAUUCACACCAACAGGCGAAUAGCAAUAUGUCAGAAUCUGAAAUCCGUAGAAGAGCAACCGGGAGUGGAGAGUCGGCCGACGGAGCACAUAAAGCAGCUGAGGAAAAUGAAAUCACACCAGAGGAGUUUCAAAAUUAUGACAAGCAAGAAGCACCGAAACCUGCUCCUAGUACUGAAGAUACAAUAGAAAACAGUGAAAUUAUGCAGAACAUUCCAAAAAAGUACAGAAACUACUGGAUCCGAUUUGUUGUCACGUGGAUCUUAAUAGGCGCUUUCGCAGUUAUUGUGUAUGGAGGAGCCAUUCCGUUGUCAAUUCUGAUUUUGGCAGUUCAGCUAAUAUGCUUUAAUGAGAUCAUCACAAUAGGAUACAAAGUGUACAGGACUUACAACCUGCCCUGGUUCAGAACCCUCUCCUGGUACUUUCUCUUCACGUUCAACUACUACUUGUACGGAGACUUCUUGUCAAACUUCUUCAAAUAUUAUCUCAUGAAAAGGAGUGUGCUCAACACCCUUCUAUCUGCAAUCCUGUCCAAGCACAGCUUCGUCUCCUACUGCUUCUACUUGACUGCAUUCGUGUGGUUCAUCCUGUCGCUUCGCCAGGGCUCCUACUUCAGCCAGUUCACCAUGUUCGGCUUCACACACCUCGUCCUCCUGGUCAUCACCACACAGUCCCACCUGAUAGUGAGCAACCUAUUCAGUGGCAUGAUCUGGUUCCUACUUCCCGUCUGCUGUGUCAUCUGCAAUGACAUCAUGGCCUACAUGUUCGGAUUCUUCCUUGGCAGGACCAAACUCAUAGCGCUUUCGCCGAAGAAGACGUGGGAGGGCUUCAUUGGAGGUGCAUUCUCAACAGUGUUGCUGGCAGUUGCGAUGGCUCAAUGGCUCUGCGCGUAUGACUCCAUGGUGUGCCCAGUCUCGUUGAACGAGACGACACACGAGAUCUCCUACGAAUGUGAGCGACACUACGUGUUCACUCUUCAAGAGUACGACAUCUCUAAUAUUCCGCUGCUGAAUGUCAUCACCAAGAGACACUCCCUCCUCCUCUUCCCCUUUCUGGGCCACACCCUCAUUAUAUCCCUGUUCGUGUCCAUCGUGGGCCCCUUUGGAGGCUUCUUCGCUAGUGGCUUCAAAAGGGCAUUCAAGGUCAAGGACUUUGGAGAUGUGCUGCCGGGACAUGGAGGACUCAUGGACAGAUUCGACUGUCAGCUGCUGGCUGGAUCCUUUGUGUACGUCUACAUCCGUAACUUCAUCGGCACCAACGGACAGUACAAUCUGCACAACCUGGCAGUCAGUCUAAGCGACUCAGACCAACUCAAGCUCUACUCGUUCCUCCAGAACGAACUACUCGACAAACAGCUUCUCUGUGGACUCCAAAUAUGCGAACCAAUUCCCCAUACGGGAUCCUAGCCGUCAGCUCACUAAGCCGAAGUAUUAUCUCAUGAAGUUGCAAUCAAUCGUCUUGUGAUGACAGUGACAGGAGAUGACAGUUAUUCUGUUUUUGAGUUGUAUUCAAUUUUCCCCAGUUAGAUGUAGAUUUGAAAUCAAUUUCGAAAUAAUCGCUGUUAUAAACUGUGGUGUAUAGUUUAAUACUACCUAGAUGCAAUCUUCUACUGUAUAUCAAAUUGUAGUGCUAUAAAUUUUGAAAAGAA